AUCAAACUAAUUCAAAGGAUUCGUGGAUGGCUAAAAUGCACGUUAUCUAACGCCCUGGCCUAGUAUCUUGGAGCAAGUGAAUUGAUUCCAUUGAAUCCUAGCACACUUGAGUGCUAGUAAUCCGCUGAGCAAAAAUGGCAGCCAUGACCAUGGCACGGUUGCAGCUCUGUCACCCAUCAUCACCCAUCAUCAAACCCUCCAUGCUUUUAUUGAAACUCGGUAAUUCACCUUCUCAUGCUCUUCGUCCCCGCAAAUUCUCAGUCACCACCACCACUCCCUGCUCUGCUUCGAAUCACAGCCAAACCCAAGAGAGUUGUGAUGGGUCUAUUGUUGGGGAUCUGCUGGACUAUCUCAACGAAUCGUGGACUCAGUUUCACGCAACUGCGGAAGCAAAAAGGCAACUUACUGCUGCUGGUUUUCAUUUGCUUAAUGAAAAUGAUGAAUGGGACCUAAAGCCCGGCGGACGCUACUUCUUUACAAGGAACAUGUCUUGCUUGGUUGCUUUUGCUGUUGGAGAGAAGUACACUGUUGGAAAUGGUUUUCAUGUGAUAGCUGCACACACAGACAGCCCAUGCUUGAAGCUCAAACCAAAAUCUGCAUCCUCCAAAUCUAAUUACCUAAUGGUCAAUGUGCAGACCUAUGGAGGUGGUUUAUGGCACACUUGGUUUGAUAGAGACUUGAGUGUUGCAGGAAGGGUAAUAGUGAGAGGCACUGAUGGUUCUUUUGUGCACAAGCUUGUCAAAGUAAAGAGAUCUUUGCUACGUGUACCGACGUUGGCAAUUCAUCUUGAUCGCACAGUGAAUAAGGAUGGGUUUAAACCAAAUCUGGAAACUCAUCUUGUUCCACUAUUUUCAAUAAAAUCUGAGGAAAAAUCUCUAGAGUUGAAAGAUAAAGAUACUGCAGCUUCCUCAAAAGCUGUUCAUCAUCCACUGCUUAUGCAGAUCUUGUCAGAUGAGCUGAAUUGUGGCAUUGAUGAAAUAGUUAGUAUUGAAUUGAAUGUUUGUGAUACACAAGCUAGUUGCCUUGGCGGUGCAAACAAUGAAUUUAUAUUUUCUGGAAGAUUGGAUAAUCUUGCUUCAACUUUUUGCGCAUUAAGAGCUCUUAUUGAUUCAUCCAAGUCUUCAAAUGAUUUAUCGAGUGAGCCCGCUAUUCGUAUGGUUGCUUUAUUUGAUAAUGAAGAGGUGGGUUCAGGUUCAGUUCAGGGAGCUGGUGCACCAACCAUGUUUCAGGCCAUGAGGCGAAUAGUUGGAUGCCUGACUCAUAAUAAAGUUAGUGAAGGUGGUAUUGAGCGUGCAAUUCGGCAAUCUUUUCUUGUGGAUUUAGAUAUGUCUCAUGGAGUUCAUCCAAAUUUUAUGGACAAGCAUGAAGAACACCAUCGACCAGAAAUGAAAAAGGGGCUUGUUAUCAAGCACAAUGCAAACCAGCGAUAUGCUACCAAUGGGAUCACAGCUUUUCUCUUUAAAGAAGUUGGCAAAAUCCUGAGCCUUCCAACUCAGGAAUUUGUGGUGAGGAACGAUAUGGGAUGUGGAUCCACCAUAGGUCCUAUACUUGCUUCUGGUGUUGGCAUCCGUACUGUUGAUUGCGGCAUUGCUCAACUUUCCAUGCACAGUGUGAGAGAGGUAUGUGCAAAAGAGGACAUAGACAUUGCUUACAAGCAUUUCAAGGCAUUCUACGAAAACUUUUCAAGCAUAGACAAGAAACUACAAGUGGAUUAAGCCAGCAGAAAUUAUCAUUUUCAAGGGUGUGCUUUCUUUUAGGUUUGGGUUGAAGUGCAGCGUGAAGAGAGAGAGAGAGAGAGAGAGAGAGAGAGGGAGAACAGAAGAUAUUUUGUAUUUUGCUUUAUCAAACAUUUUUAUUAUUGGCAAGCAUAAUCUUGAAUCCAAAAAUGAAGAUAUAAAAGAGCUUCAACAUGUAACUAUAGGUAAAGACUAAUAUGUAGAAGAAAAACUAACAAUAAUUUGAAUCUUCUUGCUUUGUGAGGAA